AUGGCUUCCUUUUCUCGCCAAUUCGCCCGCGUCGCGGCGCGCAACACCUUUGCCACAGCCGUCCCCCGUCAGGCCCUGCGCAGCGGCCGCCGCUUCUACUCGUCUGAAGGCCCCAAGAAGUCGUCGUCGUCUGGCCUCCUCUACCUUGGCGGUGCCGCCGCCGUCGGUGGUCUCGGCUACUGGUUCUACCGCAACAACGCCGGCGCGGGCGCCAAGCUCGCCAACCCGACAAAGGCCGACUACCAGGCCGUCUACGACGAGAUUGCGUCGCGGCUCGAGGAAAAGGACGACUAUGACGACGGUAGCUACGGCCCCGUGCUAGUACGCCUCGCCUGGCACGCCUCGGGCACCUAUGACAAGGAAACCGGUACUGGCGGCAGCAACGGCGCCACCAUGCGCUUCCACCCAGAGUCGAGCCACGGCGCCAACGCUGGCCUGGUCGCGGCCCGCGACUUUCUCGAGCCUGUCAAGGCCAAGUUCCCCUGGAUCACCUACUCUGAUCUGUGGAUUCUAGGCGGCGUCUGCGCCAUCCAGGAGAUGCAGGGUCCCAUCAUUCCCUACCGCCCCGGCCGCGCUGACCGCGAUAUGGCCGCCUGCACGCCCGACGGCCGCCUGCCUGACGCCACCCAGGGCCAGGACCACCUCCGUAACAUCUUUUACCGCAUGGGCUUCAACGACCAGGAGAUUGUCGCUCUCUCCGGCGCCCACGCCCUCGGCCGCUGCCAUCGCGACCGCUCCGGCUUUGACGGUCCCUGGACCUUUUCCCCGACCGUCUUGACCAAUGACUUUUACACGCUGCUUCUCGAGCAAAAGUGGGAUUUCAAGAAGUGGGACGGCCCCAAGCAGUACGAGGACAAGAGCACCAAGAGCCUCAUGAUGCUGCCCACCGACAUGGCCCUGGUCAAGGACAAGGCCUUCCGGACCCACGUCGAGCGCUACGCCAAGAGCAACGACGAGUUCUUCAAGGACUUUUCCGCCGUUGUCCUGCGUCUCUUUGAGCUCGGCGUGCCUUUUCCCGCCGGCAGCGAGUCGCAGCGCUGGACCAUGAAGCCCACCUGGGAUGAGAGCAACUAG